AUGGCGGGCGUGCGUGGGGUGCAGCGCAUCGCGCUCCUGGGCGCCCACCUGGCGCGGCCAGCGGCAUGCAGUGCGCCACGGCGCCUCUUUCACGCGUGCUGCGUGGUGAGCGUGCCGAAAAAGGAGAUUGCGUUUGAUACAUUCGAGACGCGCACCUUUUCCAUCAUUGCGCACAUUGACCAUGGCAAGUCGACGCUUGCCGACCGCCUGCUCGAGCAGACACAUACCAUUCCGAGCGACGGAUCGAACAAGCAAGUGCUCGACAAGCUCAAGGUCGAGCGCGAGCGCGGCAUCACGGUCAAGUCCCAGGCAGUGAGCAUGGUGUACAAAGACCCCGCACGCGAAGCGGAGCGUCUGCCGCCGAUCCUGCUCAACCUGAUCGACACGCCGGGACACGUCGACUUUGCCUAUGAGGUGCGCCGCAGUCUAUCCGUGUGCCAAUCCGCGCUGCUCGUCGUGGACGCGACGCAGGGCAUCCAGGCACAGACCAUCUCGGUGUACAAGAUUGCGAAGCAGUGUGGUGUCACCAUCAUUCCCGUGCUGAACAAGGUCGAUCUGCCUGCAUCCGAUCCCGAGCGGUGCGUCGGGCAGCUCUCCGACAUGCUCGGGAUGGACAUGAGCGACCCGGCGAAUGCGCCGCUGCUGGUCAGUGCCAAGACCGGCAAGGGCGUGCCUGCCGUGCUGCACGCGCUGGUCGAGCGUACGCCGCCGCUGCCUGGCGUAGAUGGCGUGUCGCUCGAGCAGCGUGGCCUCAAAGGAUUCCGCGCGCUGGUGUUUGACAGUUGGUACGACAAGUACCGCGGCGUGAUUGCGCUGGUGAGCAUCACUGACGGCGCGGUCAAAAAGGGCGACACGGUCGCUUCGCACCACACCGGCAAGCGCUACGAGGUGCUGGACCUCGGCGUGAACAACCCCGAGCCGAUUUCGACGUUGAUCCUGCGCAAGGGCCAAGUCGGCUGGAUGAUUACCAACAUGAAAGACACGGCAGAGGCGAAUAUCGGCGAUACCUUUUACCGUGCCGGCGAGCAGGUGCCUGCGCUCCCCGGCUUCCGGCCCGCCCUGCCGACGGUCUUUGCAGGCAUCUUUCCAACGGACAAGUCGGACUUUUUGAAGCUCGAGGACGCGAUCCAGCGCCUGGCGAUCAACGACCGCUCGAUCACGAUGCAGCGCGAGUCGAUGACGGCGCUCGGCCAGGGCUACCGCCUCGGCUUCCUGGGCACCCUGCACCUCGAUGUAUUCCGCCAGCGCCUCGAGGACGAGUACGGCCACGAGAUUCUGGUGACGACGCCGACGGUGCCCUUCCGCAUUACCUACCGUGACGGCACGCAGACGCUCUGCUCGAACCCCGUCGAAUUCCCCGACGAGUCGAUCCGCAAGACGCACGUCGAGCUGAUGGAGGAGCCGUACGUCGUCGGCUCGCUCGUGUGCCCCGAAGAGUAUACCGGAGCGAUGAUGGAGCUCUGUGCAGAGCACCGUGGCGAGCAGAUCGACAUUGAGUUUUCGAGCGGCGGCGCGUCGCAAGUGCAUAUGGAGUACCAGCUGCCGCUCGCCGAGGUUGUGACCGACUUCUUUGACAAGCUCAAAUCGCGCAGCUCUGGAUUCGCGUCGUUCGACUACGAGGACGGCGACUACCACAAGUCGGACCUGGUCAAGCUGCGGUUCCUUGUGGCGAGUUCGCCGGUGGAUGCGCUGGAGCUCGUGCUGCACCGCUCCAAGGCGUCCUACUUUGGCCGCCUGUGGGUGCAGCGCCUCAAGAGCGCCAUUCCUCGGCAGCAGUUCGAGAUCAAGAUCCAGGCCGUGGUCGGCAGCAAGGUGCUUGCGAGCGAGACGGUGCGUGCGUACCGUAAAGACGUCACGGCUGGUCUCUAUGGCGGUCACUAUGAGCGCAAGCUAAAGCACCUCAACAAGCAAAAGGAAGGCAAGAAGCGGCUCAAGGCCAUGUCGCUCGGCCGCGUCCAGGUGCCCCAGCAAGCGUUUAUGGAAAUCUUGGAUACGCGUCAAAAACGUGAAUAG